UAAAACCUCACUUCCUCAAUCCAAAACAACAAAAAAAAAAACACUGUUCUCUCAGAUCACACCACAAAACACACACUCACCUAAACUCAACCAACCUCAGUGUUCUACAAGCCCUUCACCAUGGACUCAUCAUCAGGGGGAUCACAACCCCAACCACCAUCUACCACAGAACCCACAGCUCCACCACAAUCUCAAGGAUCAUCACCAGCCCUACCACCACCUCCACCACCACCACCAAGCCGCUACGAAUCCCAGAAGCGUCGAGACUGGAACACCUUCUUUCAGUACCUGCACAACCACAAGCCCCCAUUGACGUUAGCACGGUGCAGUGGAGCACACGUCAUUGAAUUCUUGAAGUACUUGGACCAGUUUGGCAAAACCAAGGUCCACAUGUCCGGGUGUCCCCACUUCGGACACCCUAACCCUCCUGCACCCUGCGCUUGUCCACUCAAACAAGCGUGGGGCAGUCUCGACGCUCUUAUCGGACGACUCAGAGCAGCCUACGAAGAAAAUGGCGGUCGCCCUGAAUCUAAUCCGUUCGGCGCUAAGGCUGUUAUGAUUUACCUUAAGGAAGUGAAGGAGGGCCAGGCCAAAGCCAGAGGGGUCCCCUACGAGAAGAAGAAGCGAAAGAGAAGCACCACAAGAGUGUCUAAGGUUAGUGAUAGUGGUGCUGCCACUAGUAUAGUUCUUCAAGUGAGCGCCAACAAUGAUAGUAACGUUGGUGUUGAUGCUGCUUCCAGUGCUAGUUUACCUUCUUCAACAACAACCACAACCACAGCAUAAUUUCAAUCAUUGCUUAUUGAUUUUUACCAUUUUUUAGGGUUACUUGCUAUACCUAUAUUUAGCUUUCUAAAUUACACGGCUUAUUAUAAUU